AUGCGACGAGAGUCACAGAACGAAUUAAGCCUGAGAAUUCGCUUAUUCAAUUUUUCACUCAAACUUUUAAGCUGCAUGCUAUAUAUAGUUCGAGUCCUCCUGGAUGAACCAUAUCAGCAACAUGGAUGCAAGGAAUUAAACCAGGGAUGUUCCAGUCAAAACAACACUUCUGCAGAGAUAGAUUGGUCACUUAUUAUUUGGGUGAAUCGAAGCUUACCUUUGUGGGGACUACAGGUAUCAGUGGCUUUAAUAAGUCUGUUGGAAACUACACUUCUGAGCUAUCUCAGUUAUAAAGGAAACAUAUGGGAACAAGUUGUACGCAUUCCUUUUCUGCUGGAAAUCAUCAAUGCUAUUCCUUUCAUCAUUACAAUUUUCUGUCCUGCAUUAAGAAAUUUAUUUAUCCCAGUGUUUUUAAAUUGUUGGCUUGCCAAGCAUGCUUUGGAGAAUAUGAUUAAUGAUCUUCAUAGAGCCAUCCAGCGCACACAGUCUGCAAUGUUUAACCAAGUUCUGAUUUUAAUAUCUACAUUGCUGUGUCUUAUCUUUACAUG